AAAAAGAAAAAAGAAAUAAGUAAAAAAAAAAAGCAAAAUCAUACGGGUAGACAUUUGAGAUUUGUCCAUACGGAGCAUGAAACCACAUUCUUCAUGGUUUCUUUUAAUACUUGUAAUGAGUAUAACCUCUAACAAACAAAGAACAAAAGGCAACAAAGUUUUGAGGAACAACGAGAACAUUGGUACGGUAUUGUUUGAGAAAGGCGAUUAUAUGAAACGUUGCUGGACCAGCGAGGAAUUUACCAUUUUGAAUAGUCGACGUAUGUUUCAAGAUAUUUUACCGAAGAUGAAGGUCAUCGAUUAUCAGAACGACCAAUAUAUAGCAUUGUUAAUGGAUUACUUUCAUAUUUGUCUCGAGUCCGUACGAAAGCUUUCAAUAGGAAAAACUAAACAUUUGAUGCUAAAAGCUUUGGCCGAUGCAAUGGGUGGUUAUUUGCGAGCUUACAUAUUACCAUUUACAAAACAAUCGUAUUAUGCAGGGAACAUCAAGUAUCAUAACGCAAAAAAAUUAUUCGAGCUUUACGACGAGCUUAAAGAUUUCCUUCAUACGAAUGGGAAUGGUUGGUCAAAGUCACGCGGUGAAAUUACACCAUUUAAAACGUUGCCAAUCGUAACGACACCAUCGGAAUCAUUCGUAGCUUGUAACGGAUUAAUUACAUAUCCUAUUCGUGACGAUAGAAAUAAUCGUCAUAUUAAAAGAAGUUUCGCUCGUAGAAAGAAAAAACGAUAUAUCUAUCGAUUAAGAUCGAGGAGACAUUUGCCUGCAGGAUACAACGAUGAUUCUGAUAUCGACGAUGAAUCGACGAUUGUUCCUAUUCCAUUUUUGGACGACGAAACGGAACCAAAUAGUAUCGCCGUACCAUUCAAAUCGAACAGCCUUCAGUCUUUACAUUCCGAACGAUCGGCGUUCGUUCUCGUUAAAUAUUACAUUGCCAGCGUGAAGUGUAUCGUAUCGAGGUCGAAAACAAAAGACGCCCUGGAUAAUUUCAAUAGAAACUUCUUCUCUUGGCUGCAGCAAUCAGUAAAACAACAUUUGGACGAUGAAAAAUGGUAUCCAGCAUUCGGUGGAGUUUUGAGAGUAAUUUUCUCAUUGGAAGAGACAGAAGGAAAUAUGAAAAUCAAAAGUAAUUCUUAUCAAGUUAUGCCGAAAAUGGAAAUCGUACACGACAGCGUGUCAAUCGAUGACAUACCACCUCUUUAUAAGAAAAAUGAAGUUAUAAUGUUUGGAACUACCGAAUUGAUUAUAAUCGCUGUAGUAAGUGCAUUAUUGGUCUGGUUGUUGGUUGGUUUGAGUCUAGUUUGCUACAGAUAUCUCAGCAGACAUUCCGAAGAAUGUUCACCGUGUGAAUCUCCAAACAUACCAGUCGCAGUGCUCUACGAAAAUACUGAUUAUUCUAAAUGUGAGAGGAGAGUCUCGAAAACGAUCGUCCCGAUGGGACCAAUAGAAAAACUAAAGGAGUGGUAUAAAAACAAGUUCGGACGAUGUCCUGGUGGUUGUCAGGAUCGAUACGACGAGGAACGUUGUUUAGCCGCUAUUAGUUACACCAGCAAAGACACAGUAUCUGGAAGCAGAAUUUGCCAGAGGAAAAAAUACGUGAAAUCUACUUCGGCAUCACCUUCGAGUUCUCCUGUAGAACGAACGAUAUUUAGAGAUGUAACAAAAUUACGCUGCGAAACUUUAGGAAUGGAUUUCUCAUAUAUAGAAACGACAAAUACAAAAUAACGUUCUAUCAAAAUGGAUCAUUUUUGUAUAAGAUUUCGAAAUAGGAUCUUAUAAUUAGUGUACAGAAGAAAUGGAAGAAAUGUUCAUUUCUAUUAUUUAACAUAAGAUAUUAGCUGCUAUGAGUAAACUUUUCGAGAUAGGUUAAAAUAUAUUCCGAUCAUGCAUAAAGAGCUAAGCAAAA